AUGGCGCAGAGUUUCAUAUCAUAUAAGCGUUUGGUUGGUGUCGGAGACACACUAUUCGUAUACUUGAGUCCAACCAACAUAUACCCCAUUCGGGUCACCACUGGAUCCACUUUCCAGACCAAAUACGGCGCCCUAAGACACGACCAGAUCAUCGGUAAGCCCUAUGGCUGUGCCCUUCAGUGCGCCAAAGGUUUCGUCCAUUUAUUGCAUUCAACGCCAGAGUUGUGGACAUUGAGUCUUCCGCACAGAACUCAGAUCCUCUACACCACUGACAUCUCCUUCAUCUGCACCCAACUCGACCUCAGGCCUGGAAGCGUGGUGUGCGAGGCCGGCACUGGCAGUGGAUCCCUAUCCCACGCCAUCGCCAGAACCAUCGCACCCAACGGCCGACUCGUCACAUAUGACUUCCACGAGGAGAGGGCUGCGACCGCCCGACAAGAGUUCGCUGACCACGGAUUAAGUGAUAUCAUCACCGCUGAGCACCGGGAUGUGUGUUGCGAUGGCUUUGCGUACACCGAGUAUUUCGACGCUUUGUUUCUCGAUUUACCGCAUCCUUGGCUCACCAUCUCGUCCGCCAAUCGCGCCCUCAAACCCAAUGGCGGAAGAAUCUGUUGUUUCUCUCCGUGUGUAGAACAGGUCCAGAAGACCUGUGCGGCGCUCAAUGAUCACCACUUCCUCGACAUCGACACCUAUGAGUGCGUUCUCAGGCCCUACGAUCUCAAGACUCAAUCCAUGCCCUCCUAUCAGUUCUCAUCCACUAAAAGUUAUAGUGAAGAGAACUCAGAGGCAAAUGAAGCAAUGGAUGAGAAAUCAGACGAAAGUUUGGCCAAAAAGUUGAGGACAGAAGAGGACUCGAGUGAGAAGAAUGACAACUCAUCGGACGUGAAGAGCAAUGAAUACGUGUUGACAUACUCUCCAAACCAGAGCACAGGUCACACCGGCUUUCUUACCGUUGCCGUCAAAUACCAAUAAAUAAUAAGAAAUAAUAAGAAAUGAACUUUUGUUACAUUCGUUUUGCAUUUGUUUUAUUGGAAAUAAUUUAAUGAAAUGUCGAACAAUUAAUCAAUUAAUGGCACAAAUAUAAUGUGU